AUGGCUGUCGUCGCAGUUGCUGGGGGUACCGGAGGAGUGGGGAAGACUAUUGUCGAGAGGCUGGUGCAGGAAGCCAAGUUCGAUGUUUUGGUGCUAUCACGGAGCACCCCAAAACAGGACGCUACUCCUGGACCGGGCCGCUUUGUGCAGAUUGAUUACAACGAUAUCACGUCGAUGACGAAAGAGCUCGAGCGCCACAAUGUGCACACCAUCAUAUCUGCCCUCGGGCUUAUCUCGGAUGCAGCAAGUCAGUCUCAACUCAACCUGAUAGACGCCGCCGAGAGAUCUUCUGUGACAAAGAGAUUCAUUCCGAGUGAAUAUUCUUUCAUCCAGACACCAGACUUACUUCCCAUCGACCCCAGCAUUCAAUGGUGGCUUGACGCAGCCGAAAAGUUGAAAGCCAGCUCCUUGGAGUACACGAGAGUGAUCCCAGGAUUCUUCAUGGACUACUGGGGAAUGCCGAAUAUCAAAACCAACCUCUCCCCAUAUACAUUCGGUAUCGACAUAAGCAGCGGCAGUGCGGCCAUUCCUGGUGAUGGAUCCGACUGGCCGGAAUUCAGCGUCAUCGUUGGCGACCAAGUGACCUACAACCAGAUCUUGGCCAUGGCAGAGGAGAUUACCGGCAAAAAGUUCAAAGUCAGCUACGAUACUCUCGAUCAGAUCCAGGCGGGAGAAGUCACCGUGCCCCCUAUGCCGAGGGGAAUUGAGUACCAAGAGGACGAACUGAAAGAGACUACCGCUCUAGUCAGUCGGCUGACUGUGAAUGGGGUUUUUGACCUACCCAAGGAGAAUCGAUUGAACGAGCGAUUCCCCAACGUGCAACCUAUUACAAUGAGGAAGCUCCUGGAGAAGGCUUGGAGAGGCUAG